AUGCAGUUCUCCAGCCUCUUCUUCUCCCUGGUGCUAGCCACCGCCGUCGUAGCCAAGGGCGACAAGAACAGCACCAGCACCAGCACCAAAGCCGUGACCGACAAGAGCCUCUGCAAGGAGAUGUCUUCCCUGAACCAGCUUGUCAAGCUUGCAUCCAAUACAACCAAGCUGGCCGACAAGACCAACAACAACGCUACCAAGAUCGCCGACAUCCAAUCCAAGGCAUCUGAAGCUUCCACUAAACUCACGACCAUGUCCUCCAACACGACCCUCGUGUCAACCUGCGCGGUCAUCGACGCAGCCGCCAAGACGGAUGAUGAAUGCGAGAGCAUGAAAUCCCUCCAGAAACUCAUUACCCUAGCAGGCAACGACACAGCUCUUGCGGAUAAGGCCAAGAACAACCAGACGAAAAUCGACGCCAUCAAGACUAUGGCUACAAAGGCACAGACGAAGCUGGAUGCUAUGACCAGCAACACCACGCUCACAACGGCUUGUGACUCUAUCAAGAGCUCCAAAGCGUCUUCUAAGAAUGGUACCAAAGAUGCAGCAGCCUCCGCCUCUUCCGCAGCUACGUCCGCGUCGUCUACUGCAAAGGCCAAGAGCGCAGGCACCGUGCUGAAUGCCAGGGUUGGGUUGAUCUCAUCAUUCGUCCUCGUUGCUGCUGGCAUGAUGAUGCUGUAG